CAGCCGGAAGUCCCGCCUGCCGUGUAGUCGCUGUCGCCGCCGCCUCCGCCGUCGUUGUUGUUGUGGUCGGUUCGCCGGACUCCGCGGCUCCGAGAGCCGGCUCUGCCCCCUCCCCGCCGCCGCCAUGAAGUGGAUGUUCAAGGAGGACCACUCCCUGGAACACAGAUGCGUGGAAUCUGCGAAAAUCCGAGCGAAGUACCCCGACCGCGUUCCGGUGAUUGUGGAAAAAGUCUCAGGCUCUCAGAUUGUUGACAUUGACAAGCGGAAGUACUUGGUUCCGUCUGACAUCACUGUGGCUCAGUUCAUGUGGAUCAUCAGGAAAAGGAUCCAGCUUCCUUCCGAGAAGGCAAUCUUCCUGUUUGUGGAUAAGACAGUCCCACAGUCCAGCCUAACUAUGGGACAGCUUUACGAGAAGGAAAAGGAUGAAGAUGGAUUCUUGUAUGUGGCCUACAGUGGAGAGAACACUUUUGGCUUCUGAGGGCCAGCGCUGGGUUAGGUGCACCGUUCCUGCUUGUGUAUCUUGUAAAUAGCCGGCCAUUUUCAGUUAUACCAGAACCUCUUCACAUGAACCUCUUAGUGCAUUUGUAACUGGAUUUAUUUCUUAAUAUAUUGGAAGGUUUUGUUUCCUUAGAUUAGUAAAUUAUACAGUUUUAUUUUGAGUUUUACUUUCUGUGCACUGUCCUCAUGGCUGAAUUCUCCAGGGAACUUGAUCUCUGGGAAUCAUAUUUAAUGAAGACAUUUCCAUAAUGAAGUGAGGUAGGUGCUGUCUUAAAGUGAAAGGGAAGGCGAUGAUGCAUUAAUUCUGGAUUAUGUUUGAAGUGUUAGAUGGCUAAGUAUUAAAGGCGUCCAAAUUAAAUCCUUAGCAAUCAGAACACUUGGCUUCACUAGAUUCUGCCAACUGCCAAGCAUGUUGGACUGAGCUAAUCUGUUCCUCUUUCUGAAACUAUUAAGGUAAAUAAUUAACAAUAAAACUUCCUCUUAUAAAGGCA